AUGGCCGAACUCAACCAAGACCCUACGCUUCACGCCCCGGAAACACAACAAACUCCCCAAACAAACGGCCACACCGAACAUACAGAUGUAGAAAUGACAGACUCAAUUGCUCAACCAGAGCCACAACCUCCCACCGAACCCACCUCAACAACAGCCCCAACAACCACCGCAUCAGACCUUCAAGCCUCUACCGCACCAGCACCGGCACCAGCACCAGCAGCAGUACCAGCACCAGCACCAACUACCAACACCACCACAACAACAGCAACCCUCGCAACCCAACCCUCGGCCCCCUCCUCAGCACCCACACCCGCACACACCCUCGCUGCCCCAGCCUCAUCGCGCAAUUCGCCGCACCCCAGCACAGCCGCGCAAACCGCACCCACGCAACCCAUUCCCCACGGCAGUCCGACACGCGUCUACCUGAAUCAAAAUGUGACGCCGCAUCUGCUCGAGGCGAUGAAGCAUUUGGCGACUGCCGAGCCGGAUAAGCCGUUGAAGUGGUUGAGUGAGUUUUUGGCGCAAAAGAGUCUGGAGAUUGAGGGACCUUGA